CAAACAAAAGUGACAAUGCGUCGAAUGCGACUAUACUAUAGUACAUAUCACUAUUGUCUGUAUCAGUGUGUCCAUCUUACACAAAAUUUUUUAUAAGUCUGGAUAAAAUCAUAAAUAUGUUUAAUUUUUCCAUGGCCAAGUUGUGAUAAGCCAUCCUUAGUUCUGGGUUAUUUUGUGGUUAGUCUUAACUCUUACAGUUAUGUUUUGAACAACUUGCUAGAUUGAGGGAAAGCUAUAUAAAGCUAAUCCUUUUUUGGUUUCCUGUUUGCCUUGUUUCAUUCUGAUUACUGCAUUCAACACAUGAUCAGCUGGCUUCUCGGAGCUUCACUGAAUAAUGCUGACACUUCGACGCUUCUUCGGAGAAGUCCUCAUAAACGCUAGGUACCCACUUUUUCGAUGAAUCAGUACCGGAGUAACAUAUUCCUAAUGGAAGCCGCCGAGAAAGCCAGAGUGAUCAAACUAGGCAACUCCACGAUCCGUCUGCAGGGCAAAUCCUUAUUCGCGCUGAUCGUCGCGGGAGCGCUCAUCUUUAUAAUUUUUCUUUAUAAAUUAAUGCCUUCGGAUGGCCUCUACCGGAGGAAUCCGCGCUUUCCCAUGGGCGAUCCCUUGGAUCCGUAUUUUUUUCCCGAGCUUCCGUAUAACGCCACGUACCCACUGACACAUCCUGUGAAAUUAGAAGGUGGCUGGAUAAAGUAUCGCAUUGCACUGGUGGCCGAUAUGGACCUGAAAGCCAAAGUGGAGGGAAAAGAAGAGUGGAUGAGCUAUCUAAAAUACGGGGAUAUACUAUGGAAUCCGGAGUUUAAGGAGAUCAAAGUGGAAUGGGAACGCGAGCCAGCGGGACUGAUUAAGCUGGUCAGUUCAUGGGCUUACGGGAAUCGCGGCAUGGAAAUGAGCGAGUUGGUGGUGUUCAACGGGCGACUGUACGGUGUGGAUGAUCGGACCGGUGUAGUAUAUGAGAUUGAGGGGAAUCUGGCGAUUCCCUGGGUGAUCUUGACGGAUGGAAAUGGCAGAGCCACGAAGGGUUUUAAGUCAGAGUGGGCAACUGUUAAAGAUCAGCACUUAUUCGUGGGGGGUUUCGGGAAGGAAUGGACAUCGCCCACGGGCGAACUGAUCAACGAUAAUCCGUUGUGGAUUAAGCGUAUCUCCACCGAUGGCCGUGUCCAACAUUUCAGUUGGAAAAAGAACUUUUUAGCCAUCCGCGAAAAAUUAAACAUCCAGUUUCCAGGUUAUGUUAUCCAUGAAACCGGUGGUUGGUCGGAGAAGCACCGCAAAUGGGUGUUCCUACCACGAAGAGUCAGUAAAGACAAGUACGAUGAAAAACUGGACGAGCACAUGGGUGCGAAUCACAUGUUGGUGGCGGAGGAGAAUUUUUCGGCGAUUGAUGAUAUUCUUGUGGGCGAAGUUAGUCCGACACACGGGUUUUCGUCGUUUAAAUUUCUUCCCGAUUCCGGUGAUAAUAUUAUUGUAGCGUUGAAAUCGGAAGAGGACGAUGGUAAUAUAUCGUCCUAUAUUAUGGCCUUUGAUCUAACUGGCAAGAUUUUACUGCCAGAAACUCUUAUUGUUAAAAAUAUAAAAUUUGAAGGCGUAGAGUUUAUAUGACAAUUUUUUAUCUGUGUUACUGCUAUCAAUGUUGUUUCCGCAGACUUUGAAAGACAUGCUGCUUCUUGCCAGAACGUGGCUCGACAGAGAAAAUGUCAACAUGUUUUUGUUGUUUAUCGCAUUGCAAAAUUCAGCACUAGAUGGGCAACUGGGCAUCAUUGCCAAACCCGAAAAAAUAACAUCCA